AGUUGGCCGUGAGUGGAGUGUAGUGGAGUGUGAGAGGCCCACAGAGCCAGCAAGAGGGGAGCUGAGAUCAGUUACAGCAGGCAGUGCAACACAGGCAGGCAAGCAAGUGAUCUGAGAGAAAUUUGGAUAGAAGAGGAAAGAUAAGCAGAGGAGGGGAGAUACACAAAAAAAAGCCACUAAGAGAGGAUUUUGUCCAUAAUAGAGGAGUUGGAAACAGGUUAGGUCACCAGGAGGCAGUGGCUGGGUACCACACAGCCAGCCAGACAGACAGACAGACAGACAGGGAACACCUGGAUCCAAACAGGGCAUUAAGUUACUUCACAAGAAGCUGUUAUCAGAGGCUUUCUCUCAGCUCAGCUGCAGAACAACAGACAUAGCCUUGUUGCUGUAGUUUGAGGGGAACAUGUUCGACUGCAUGGAGGCUCUCGGGCUGGCCCCUCGGCCCCUCUUCGACGUGUCCAGGCAAGGCUCGUGCAUGCUGGGCAAAGCCACCCAGUACUUCUCCGGGCUGGACCCUUUCGCCUGGGCAGGAGCGAGCAGCGUUCAGUCGGUGGAGACGCAGAGCACCAGUUCGGAGGAGAUGGUGCCCAGCUCCCCCUCCCCUCCUCCUCCUCCGCGGGUAUAUAAGCCGUGCUUUGUGUGCCAGGACAAGUCAUCUGGUUAUCACUACGGAGUGAGCUCCUGCGAGGGCUGCAAGGGGUUUUUCCGGCGCAGCAUCCAGAAAAAUAUGGUGUAUACGUGCCAUCGGGACAAAAACUGCCAGAUCAACAAAGUGACCCGGAACCGCUGCCAGUACUGCCGGCUGCAGAAGUGCUUUGAGGUUGGCAUGUCCAAAGAAGCGGUGCGGAACGACAGGAACAAGAAGAAGAAGGAUGUGAAGGAAGAGGUGGUGCUGCCAGAGAACUAUGAGCUCAGUGGAGAACUGGAGGAGCUGGUGAACAAAGUCAGCAAAGCCCACCAGGAGACCUUCCCGUCUCUGUGCCAACUAGGAAAAUAUCAUACAAAUUCAAGUGCUGACCACAGAGUACAGCUGGACUUGGGCCUGUGGGAUAAGUUCAGUGAACUCUCCACUAAGUGCAUUAUAAAGAUUGUGGAGUUUGCCAAGCGGCUACCAGGCUUCACUACGCUCACCAUCGCUGACCAGAUCACCCUCCUCAAAUCUGCAUGUCUGGACAUACUGAUGCUGAGGAUAUGCACCCGCUACACGCCAGAACAAGACACCAUGACAUUCUCGGACGGCCUGACUCUCAACAGGACUCAGAUGCACAACGCCGGCUUCGGCCCUCUCACGGACCUGGUGUUCGCCUUCGCCGGCCAGCUCCUGCCGUUAGAGAUGGACGACACCGAGACAGGGCUGCUCAGCGCGAUCUGUCUCAUCUGCGGAGACCGUAUGGACUUGGAAGAGCCAGAGAAAGUAGACAAACUGCAGGAGCCACUGCUGGAGGCUCUGAAGAUUUACACCCGUCGCAGACGCCCGAACAAGCCUCACAUGUUUCCCCGCAUGCUGAUGAAAGUCACAGACCUCCGAGGAAUCAGCACCAAAGGUGCAGAGAGAGCCAUCACACUGAAGACGGAGAUCCCAGGCCCCAUGCCUCCACUGAUCAGGGAGAUGCUGGAGAACCCUGAAGCCUUCGAGGACAGCUGCGACUCCAGCGACAGCGCCGCAGCCGCUCCCCCUGCCGUCCAAGCCAUCAAGCAGGAGGAAAAACCCACAUACGAGUCCCCCUUCGAAGAGGAGGAGGAGGAGGAAGAGGAAGACUAUUGGGAUGAGGACAGAGCACGGGGGGUGGACAGUGAAGGAGAGCAGUGGGCAGAGGCAGCGGCAGCGGCGUCAACGCAAAAGAAAGUGGCCACAGGGAAAAAGCAGUGAGGGAGACGCUGGAUGAAGCUGCUUCCUCCAGCGGAUCGCUGAGCCUGGCGGAGCAACAUCAUCUCCCAGAAACCCCUCAGAUUUAGGCUCUUAGACGUUUUACGUGAUGUUUUUGAUAAACUGUACAUAGUGACUUUAAGGAAAACAUAUUAAAUUCAUCAUAGGAAGUAAAGAACUGAAGAAGAAAAAGCACUACAUUUCAACGGAUUGAUGAGGGCACCAUUUAAACGAAAAAGAUCAAUGUGUCGGUGCGUUUUGUCGACACAAAGAGAGGAGCAAAACAUGUCCUCUGCUUUAUAUUAAGGGCUAUGCUUUAUAUAAAAGUGACAGUAGAAUACCUUGCAACAACUGAACUCUACACGUGUCCAUGUGCCAUAAAUAUCCUCUUAGAAUUACUUUUAUUUCUUUUCAGAAAUAUGCAACUUAUUUUUUCAUGGUAUGGUCUUUCUAAGCGUGUUCACACUCCUGUCUUUAUGGGAACUUGUGUGUUUGUAUAUUUUUCCUUUAUUUUACACAUUUGACUUGACUUUUUCUUUUUUUUGGCGGGGGGGUUGAACUUUAUCCGCACACGUUUCCUGCUUUAUCGAACAACAAGCAAGAAGCAAUACGGAGCCAAGACAGGGCGAGACGGUUCAUGAGUAUCACAUGUUGAAAAUAUCUGCUCGCUACAACUUUCUCUGACGGAGGAUAAUAGCAGCAUGUCUCCCUGUCAGCUAUACCCUCGUAGCAAUAAUCCCCUGAACAACGUUUGAAUUUACACAUCAGAUUUAUAAACCUUAAACCGUCUCAGGUUGACUCUGCCAGGACCACGCCUCACCUGAUGAAACGUUUUUUUCCCGGUAUGAAUAAUAAAUAUCACACCGCAGAGUAGAGGCGAUUAUAAAAUUGACAUACUUUGCUAUACAGGCGUGUUACAUUACGCGAGGUAGACGUUUCCAAGGGGGUGUCUGAAUAAUUUAAUCUUUAGAAGCAGUUUACUUUUAAAAAAAAAAAUAAAAACCUCAGGUGUGUUUGUGUGUGUGAGUGCGUGAGGAGAUGCAUGUACCAAAACCCAUGCUUCCACAUGCAUCUUUGCUCCCAAAACAGAAAAAAACAAAUAAGAUGUGUUUCUAUGACUUUAUAAAACUUUUAAAAACUCCCCUCACUAUAUAUACCUCUUUAUCAGUUGCUAUGCUGGAUGCAAGACGUUUAUUGAGGCAUUUAAAGUGACUUAGCUAUUGAUAAGGACACAUGAAUGUGCUUAUAAUACAUAACAGACAUGUUAUAAAGAGUGGUACUAAAAUAUUCACGUAGAAGAAAUGCCUCCCCUAAAGACUGGUGGGCUCAAAUGAUCAACCGUACCAUAAUAAAUAUUUCAAAUCCAUGUUUGAGGUUACAACCAUCCAAUGUGUUGG